AUGUCGGAGAGUAAGACCGAGAUCGCUCCGGAUCCCCAGGAGCUGCACAUCCACAACGCCAAAGCCUACCUACAGCAAGCCGGCCCGAAUGGGGUCAGCCUAUAUGAUCACAUCUCUGCUCUCCUGUCUCGGAUCCUGGCAGAGCGCCCACCUAAUCCACUGGAGAUCCUGGAACAGCUGAGCACAGAACUGCACUGGUCCAGGCUGAACAAAGGACUUGACACACUGCGCACCCAGAAAGAUGACCCACACACUUACAUUAAGGCAGAAUCCCACCGUGCGCUCUUCACCCAUGGACCUGGAGAAGGAGAGGAGGCUGAGGGGGGAUGGAGAGAUGAUGGACUCUCCUCUCCCCAAUCUCCUGGAUCUUGCUCACCUGCUUCAGCAAGGAGGUGUGAGUCUAGGGCGAGAUGAAACAGUGCGUAUAUCGCUUGCCUUGAAACGGCUCAUUGACACUCGUCCACUGCAACGCUGCCGAUUCUGGGGCAAAAUCCUUGGUACUCAUGGCAGCUAUUUGGUGGCAGAGGUGCAGUUCCGAGAAGGUGAAGACGAUGAAGCUGAGGAAGGGGCAGAAGAAGAAGAAAAAGCAGCAGAAGAAGAAGAAGAUGAGGAGGAAAAAAGAAGAAGCAGAAGAUUUCCCCCCCAAAUCCACAUACCGGCCUCCACCUGUGGUGCCCCGUGAGGAGAAUGGCACGGGAGCCAAUAAAUAUGUCUAUUUUGUGUGUUCAGAACCUGGUGCGGAAUGGAUUCGGCUGCCUUUUGUAACCCCUGCACAGAUUACAGCAGCAAGAAAGAUCAGACAUCUCUUCUCAGGAAAACCUGAAGCUCCAGUUAUUACCUACCCCCCAUUCCCAGGAACAGAGGCUAACCUCCUGCGUGCUCAGAUUGCUCGCAUCUCCGCGGGAACCCAUGUCAGCCCUCUUGGUUUUUACCAGUUUGGGGAAGAGGAAGGAGAAGAAGAGGAAGAAGGGGCUGUAAGGGACACAUACGAAGAGAAUUCUGAAUUUGAGGGCAUUCCAGUAAGUGAACUGGUGGACAGCUUGUCUAACUGGGUUCACCAUGUCCAGCACAUAUUACCACAGGGACGUUGUGUCUGGUAUAACACGGCUGUAAAGUCAGAGGAGGAGAUGGAAGAAGAAGAGGGGGAGGAAGAAGAGAAAGAGGAUGAAGAGGAACCAGAGCCUGAAGUGGGCCCUCCUCUGCUCACACCUCUCUCUGAGGAUGCUGAAAUUAACCAGACACCACCAUGGACAGCCUCACCCUCAUCUUCUCUCAUCCCUCAAUAUGCUCUUGCAGUUCUUCGAUCCAAUCUGUGGCCGGGAGCCUUCACCAUCUCCAGCUCCAAGAAAUUUGAAAACAUCUACAUUGGCUGGGGGAUGAAAUACAGCCCUGAAGGAUACAGCCCCCCUGCUCCUCCUCCACCCCAGGCAGAGUUCCCUAGUGGACCUGAGAUCACAGAGGCAGUGGACCCCACUGUAGAGGAGGAACAAGCACUAAAGGCUGCACAGGAAGAGGCUGAAGCUGCUGCUGAAGAGGCAGAGGAGGAAGAAGAAGAAGAGGAGGAGGAAGAUGACGAAUAA